CCGCGCUAGUUCCUUGGAAUACGUGGCGGGCUUGAUCUCACAGGGACCAUACCGCCACUUGCCAAUUGAACAUUAUCCAAGGGAAAAUAUAUGUGUCUAGCUAUCAUAAAUACUGAUACAUAUAUGGAAUGAGCUGUCGCUCUCGAUGUGUACUGCGAUACUCAACAAAGAACAACCGCCAGGAUGAAAAAGAUCGAACUAUCAAACUGUUGUCAUGCCCUGACUUGGGGCCGUGUCUGAGCAGACCGCUUACAUGUCUUUGUUCAUGCUCGUGUUCAUCCCCAUGUCCAUGUCCAUGUCCAUAUCUUCAUCUAUCGCGGUACCCAAGCUUUAGCCUCCACGAUGAAUAUCGAGUCUGGACAACUAACGUGGGCCGACUGAUCAGCUGCCCACGACGGACUCUUCGCGAGAGUGGAAAAAAUGUUUCAUCUCUCUCCUUGCCCUUAUCUCCUAUAGGGGGGGGGGGACUUGUGCAGAACGGAAUUCCCACAACUCUGAAGAUUACCCUAGGCUGUAUACACACGAGCUCGAGACCUUGGUAUAUCUGUGACCGCAAGUAUGAGAUGCCAAAGUCAACCGAUGAUGUUGACAUUCCCUUCAUACUCAAACUCGAAGUGUACACUUCCAAGCACUGCGGGGUUAUCAGACAGACGGUCCCUUGCCUCUUUGUUACUUGACAUGACAGGACAACGAUUGUGUGGUUGGUUUCGUGCUCGUCAUUUGUCUGCAAAUCUCGAAUCGGUUCCACUGCCGCGGAUAGUCGUCUAAAGUUGCGAAAGCAGACUGUCGAGCGGUUCUCUGGCAGGUCGGACCUUAUGGACUGAUUUUCUUCGCUUCUUGGGUGAGCCAAGGGGGUAAUACCCAGAGGUUCUGACAUGACUAUGGCCAGAGA